AUGGCGAUAUUCAGUACCUUCCUCAACUCCGCCUUCAAGCCAAAAUUCCAACGCAUACUCCUCAUCAAUGCCGGUCUUCUCUUCACCAUCACCCUCUUCCUCCUCCUCAACCCCCUGCCCGCCCCAACCCCCCUCCACCUCCACCUCCCCACCCCCCCUCCCCAGCCCCCGCCCCCCCAACAAACCUACAACGCCUCCAAGCUCGCCCUCCUCAUCGAAGACCGCCCCAUCCCGCACCUCGCCCCGCUCCUCCUGCACAUGACCACCGUCGUGCCCCCCGACUGGCACUUCCUCUUCCUCGGCUCCCGCGCCUCCAUCGCGCACCUAACCCGCUCGCACGCCAUCCGGCACCAAGUCUCGCUCGGCAAGCUCGCGCUCACGCUCAUCCCGCCCAGGGCCAACGUCACCGGGCAGGAGGCGCUCUCGCAGACGCUCACCGACCCGUGGUUCUGGACGUGGCUCGGCGGCGCCGAGCGCUGGCGGUGGGAGGAGCAGUGGGUUGACGGCGACGGCGGCGGGGAGGGCGCAGGGCGCAGGGCGCAGGUCGAGUGGGUGCUCGUGUUCCAGAGCGACAGCAUCCUGUGCGCGAACAGCGGCGUGUCGCUGGACGAGUGGCUGCUGUACGACUGGGUUGGUGCGCCGUGGAACAUCAACGACGCCUACGGCGGCAACGGCGGCCUCUCGCUGCGCCGCGUGUCCCGCAUCCUGCAGAUCCUGCGCACGCAGCGGCGCUACGCUUACCACCGCGAGAUGGAGGACCUGUGGCUCGUGCGGCGGAUCAGCACGCUUCCGGGCGCGCGGAUGGCGAACGGGAGCACGGAGGCGGGGUUCAGCGUGGAGGGGGUGUGGGCGGAGGAGCCGAUGGGGUACCAUCUGGGGGGGUCGGGGGCGGUGAUGCCGCUGGCGGUGUGGAUGGAGAGGGGCCGCAGGGAGAGCGUGUGGGAGUGGUGUCCGGAGAUCAAGAUGAUUAUGGGCAUGGAGUUGGUGAAUGUGCCUGUGGAGGGGCCGCCGAGGGUGAAGGGGGAGUUCUUGGCGUGGGGGAGUGAGGCUGCUGGACCCUAUGGUACAAUUUAA